AUGGUCCAACUGGUGGGUUCCCUCCGAAAAGAGCUGGCUGAUUCCAUCUCCACCUGCAAGAUCCUGGUAGUGGGAGCAGGAGGGAUCGGCUGCGAGCUGCUGAAGAACCUUGUACUCACCGGCUUCAAAAACAUCGAAGUGAUUGACUUGGACACAAUUGAUGUCAGCAACCUGAACCGUCAGUUCCUCUUUCAGAAGAAGCAUGUAGGCAAGUCUAAAGCACAGGUGGCCAAAGAGAGCGCCUUGCAGUUCUGCCCCAGUGCCAACAUCACCGCGUACCACGACAGCAUCAUGAACCCUGAUUACAAUGUGGAGUUCUUCAGAAAAUUCAUGCUUGUGAUGAACGCCCUGGAUAACAGAGCUGCCCGUAACCAUGUCAACAGGAUGUGUUUGGCAGCUGAUAUCCCUCUGAUAGAGAGUGGCACUGCUGGAUACCUGGGACAAGUCACGGUCAUUAAGAAGGGAAUGACAGAGUGCUACGAGUGCCAGCCAAAACCAGCACAGAAAACCUUCCCAGGAUGCACCAUAAGAAACACGCCAUCUGAGCCCAUUCACUGCAUCGUCUGGGCCAAAUAUCUCUUCAAUCAACUGUUUGGAGAAGAAGAUGCAGAUCAAGAGGUGUCACCGGACACAGCGGACCCAGAGGCUGCAUGGAAUCCUGAAGAGACGGCAGCUCGUGCCACUGCUUCAGAUAAGGAUGGGGACAUCAAGCGCGUCUCCACCAAGGAAUGGGCUCGAUCCACCGGAUACGAUCCCGUCAAACUCUUCAACAAGCUGUUCAAAGAUGAUAUCAUGUACCUUCUGACCAUGGACAAGUUAUGGAAGAAGAGGAAAGCUCCUACACCUCUGGACUGGCACCAGCUAGAGAACAGUGAGUGUCCUAAGGAGGGGACUCCAGCUUCAGGUCUGAAGGACCAGCAGGUUCUGGAUGUUUGGGGUUACUGCCAGCUGUUCCAGCACAGCGUGGAGACGCUCCGCUCACAGCUGCAGGAAAAGGGUGAGGGUGCUGAGCUGGUCUGGGAUAAGGAUGACCCUCCAGCCAUGGACUUUGUUACUGCAGCAGCCAACCUGCGUAUGCACAUCUUCAGCAUGAGCAUGAAAAGUCGCUUUGAUGUCAAGUCAAUGGCAGGUAACAUCAUCCCAGCUAUUGCCACAACCAAUGCUGUUAUCGCUGGACUCAUCGUGCUGGAGGGGCUCAAGAUUUUAUCUGGGGAACUGGAAUCCUGUCGCACGAUCUUCCUGAACAAGUGCCCCAAUCUCAGGAAGAAGCUGCUGGUUCCCUGCGUGCUAGACCCGCCCAGCGCUAACUGUUACGUCUGCGCCAGCAAACCUGAAGUCACGGUCAAACUCAACGUGCACAAAACCAUGGUGCUCACUCUGCAAGACAAGAUUGUGAAGGAGAGGUUUGGUAUGGUGGCUCCAGAUGUUCAGAUAGAAGAUGGAAAGGGAACCAUCCUCAUUUCCUCAGAGGAAGGAGAGACGGAAGCCAACAACAGCAAAUUUCUUUCUGAUUUUGGGAUCCGUAACGGCAGCCGGCUCCAAGCUGACGACUUCCUCCAAGACUACACACUCCUCAUUAAUGUCCUGCACGUUGAGGACCUGGAGCGGGAUGUGGAAUUCGAAGUAGUAGGUGAAGCCCCGGAUAAGGCUCCACCCCCUCAGACUAACCAAGAAGAGGUUAACAGCAUCACCAACGGCAACAAGGACUCCGCCCAGCCGUCAACAUCCUCUAAAGCUCCCUCAGAGGAUGACGACAUCAUGAUAGUCGACUCUGAUGAGGAGGAUGGGGCAGCUUCCAGCUCAGCAGCAGCAGCAACCAGUGGUACGAAGAGGAAGCACUCAGACGCAGAAACUGGCGAGACCUCCACCAAGCGCCCACGGACAGAUCAAUCGGCAGCCGACAACAAUGACGACGAUGACAUAAUCGCUCUGGACUAACUCCCCUCCCCUUCUCCUGAGGGACUGCAAACUCUUUAACUGCUCGUCAUUUUGACUCGAGACAGACAGUAGGUUUAAAUAGAACACCUCCUUCAUGAAGAACCGUUUACAACCCGGGCUUCUCUUUCAACAGUUUUCCCCUCAAAUGUGUUUGUGCUUUCGUACUCCCUCCACUCUCUGACAUGAUGCUGUAAAUAGAUCCUACAAUAUAUCCUACAAAAACAAAAAGUUUUGAGGAAAAAAAAAUACAUAGACUUCCUGUUAUGUCACUUCUGCUUAUCUUGUUGGUUAAAUAAACAAAAAGUGCAUUUUUUUGUAUUUUUUUAUAAACGUACUGUAUUUCUCAUGCUACACAAGUCAGGGUGUUUUUGUGCUUUGAUGUCAAGUUUCAAAGGAAUAAGAUUUAAAAAACCAAAACAUUUUCUUGGGUUCUAAUAUUGAUCUCAGUUUUUGUGAAGAUGGGGACAGAGGGGUUUGGGGGGGCAGGUUGUGUUGAAUCAGUCUGGGUGGGGGUGGACGGGGGCUGGCCUGUAGGUGCUGUUGGCGUCUGUCAGCGGGUCAGUAAAGCACAGAGGCACUAAUGGCGAAUUUGUGCCAAGGGGUGUUUGUUAGCUACCUCUUUUCUAGAACUGAUAUGUUUAGGCUCCAAGAAGGUAAACAUGCCCUCCAUCACUUCACCGCAGUGAGGCGUCCAGCUCUUAGAGAACGAGUUACUCGAACAGCCACGGAGACGAGCCAACACGCCUCCCUGGGGAAAUGGCAAUGACUGAACUGUACACUUUCAAAAGGCAGUAGUAGUUCAAUGUUAGACAUGUUACAGUUUCUUUAUUUUUCUUGGCUCUGUUUGAGCAGCAAAGUCUAGAAACGGUUAAAAAACGGAGCAGCAGUUUGACCAGUUUGUCCUGUUUGAUGCUGCAGAGGUUAAACUGGGUUGUCUGGCAGCAGUGUCCUGCACUUAAAUAACGUGAGAGCCACGGGCACUUCGUGACCUGCUGUCUUCUCCCGUCUAACCCCUGUGUUGGUGUCCAUAAUUUCAUGUUUUAUUGUGAUCUGACUUGUUGAAAAGCUAUGAGAGCCCUUUGGACCAAUUUGAUGAAGACAAUAAACUCAAAAAUUGCAGACGCUU